AUGUCCAAGAACCAACAAGAACUCACUAUUAAGGAUUUGGUGGCCCAGGUAGAGUCCCUAACCGCCAAGGUUAAAAAGCAAUCGCAGGUGAUCACCCAGACUGGUCAGCAGGUGUUGGAAAUCCAAUUGGCAGCGCAAAAACAGAAGAUUCAGGACAUUCCUGAUCCACAAGCGAUACUCAAUGGCGGUGCUGGAAAUUUGAAGCAGGUAGAAGCAAUUGAAGAGGCCGACUAUGCUACAAAUGAGGACAUUUUUCAAUUGGUUGGGGAACUUCAGGGUCAAUUAGAUUUUCUCGAAGAAAGAUCCAUUCGCCGAGGAAUCAACUUGACAAAGACCAAUGCUAACGAUUUAUUGGCACCAUUGCCUGAUUCUGACGGUGCUGAACCAGAAAACUUCCCAAAGACUUUGGCAGAAUUCAAGGAGCUCAAUGAUAAAAAAAUUGUGGAAUUGUGUGGGUUCUAUCAGAUACUUCCGCCAAGCGACGAGCAGAAACAGCAAUUUGAGGACUUUCUUGCCGAUAAGGUGAAAGAAUUGAAUAUUGAAGAACAGGGUUACGAAGAUUUUGGAAGAUUCGGCAAAGAGGAAAUAAUCAAUUUGUUCAAUUCCCUAGCACGAUAUGUUGGGGUUCUGUGUCGUAAAGGCGAUAAUCAGUGGUAA